AUGGCCGGUGGUUACUUCGAUUUACCGGUCGCCUCCUCGAGGCGUUCGAGCGUUACUGAAGUACCUGAGGGGGCAGGUAGAUCCUCUGCAGGGCCGCGUGUAUCUUCUCUACCAUCGCCCAAUAGUGAAGCCCUUCAGGACCGGUCGAUGGACCAGCGCGGAGCCCAGGGCAGGCAUCGGAAUGCCGGCAUUCUCAAGAACACCAAUCGCGUUAAGUUUACUGUUAGCGAAUAUGGGCUUGGCGAAGUUCCCUCCGGAUCGACGUCAGAGAGCCUGUUUGAUGGAAGGGGUACAUCAUUGCCGCAAAAGCCACUACCCACCGCUAGCAUUCCAUCGACGGAGAAAGCAUCCGCCGAGUCCCAAUCGUUUCCCUUGGUUGAUCUCAGCAGUAGUUCACCAACGGGUGUCACCGGCCGGACGAUCCACUCGCGGGCUAGCUCCCCAGGAGUCACCGGGGACAAUGAGGUCAGCUAUGAGAAGGGGAGGGCCAUCUACUCCGCACAAGAGAGAGCUCAGAGGCUCGCGUCCCUCCUUGGCCGCUCCUCAAAGUCUCCAAAGCCAAGUCCUCGUUCGAGUCUGCCGUCAUCAAUAGCGUCCACACCUACAGAAGUGGCGCUACCCUCCGAGGAUGGUGACGAGAUUCCUAUGAUCAGUCUUCCCGAGAAGCAAUACGACUUCUUCUCCGACGAUGAAGACAACCUCAUAGAUAAGCGACAAUCUACACGCACUGCAGAAGCCCAUCAACUAGUGCGACAAAUGACUCGAAAGGACUUUAACUUUUUCUCGCGCAUCCGCGCUCCCUCUCCCGGCCUCCGCUCUGGUCAGAUCACUCCUCUUGAGGAGAGAGACCCCGACGCCUAUGUCGAACGGCCAGCUCAUUAUCGCGGCGGCAUUCUCUCUACCCUCCUGAAGCUCUAUGAUCAGCCCUCCCAGCAGAACUAUUCUCGAGGCCGGUAUGGUCACUCCCGUCAAAGCAGUUCGUCAGGGCUUAGUGGGCGAGGCUUGUCCCCAGAUCCUGGCUGGAAACCUCAGCGGCCAAGGAAGUGGUACGAGAAAUCUCCGAACCAAUCCAGCAUUUCUCUGUCUGGAUCGACUGCGAAAAAUUCCUCCAGCUCUCCCAUUGCCAUGCUCAAGCGCUCACGAAGCAUUGGUGCUAUACCCGGUAUGCCUAAGAGGAUGGGGAAACCACAAUUGGAGGACGAGAUCCGGAUCACUGUUCACAUUGCCGAGCUCCUCUCACGCCAGCGUUAUCUACUCCUGCUUUGCCGUGCACUGAUGAAAUACGGGGCACCUACACACAGACUGGAGGAAUAUAUGAGGAUGUCUGCUCGCGUUUUAGAGAUCGACGGUCAAUUCUUGUAUAUGCCGGGCUGCAUGAUUAUUUCAUUUGACGACGCGUCUACCCACACUACCGAAGUGAAGCUGGUCCGCUCUCACCAGGGUGUUGACCUGAGUCGACUGUCCGACGUACAUCAAAUAUACAAAGAGGUGAUUCACGACGUCAUUGGCGUGGAGGAGGCCACGCAGCGGCUCGAGGAGAUCAUGAAGAGGCCAGACAGAUACCCGGUUUGGUUCCUGAUUUUGAUUCACGGUUUCGCCAGUGCUAGCGUCGGACCCUUUGCCUUCAAUGCUCGCCCCAUUGACAUGCCCAUCGCUUUUGUGUUGGGAUGUCUCCUGGGUAUUCUACAACUGGUCCUGUCCCCUCGGUCCUACCUCUACUCGAAUGUGUUCGAGAUUUCGGCUGCGGUCUUGACGUCAUUCCUAGCUAGGGCUUUCGGAAGCAUCCGCUACAAUGGAGAACGUCUGUUCUGCUUCUCUGCUUUGGCCCAAUCGUCCAUCGCCCUCAUCCUGCCUGGGUACAUGGUGCUAUGCGCCAGCCUGGAGCUACAAUCACGCAGCAUUGUUGCGGGCUCCGUCCGCAUGGUUUACGCCAUCAUCUACUCCCUGUUCCUUGGAUUCGGUAUCACCAUUGGCACCGCUGUAUACGGCCUCUUGGAUAGCGAUGCAUCCUCCGAAUAUACAUGCCCCGCCAGUCCGAUCACCAACGAAUAUCUCCAACAUUUCCCAUUCGUCAUUCCUUUCACCAUCUGCCUUGCCGUUGUCAACCACGCCAAGUUGAAACAGAUUCCGAUGAUGAUCGUCAUUGCUUUUGCGGGGUAUGUCACCAACUAUUUCGGCGCGAAGCGAUUCUAUUCGAGCACACAAGUGUCCAAUGCGUUGGGUGCCUUCGUGAUCGGCGUCAUGGGAAACCUCUACAGCCGGCUGCGACACGGAUUCGCAGCUGCCGCGAUGCUCCCUGCUAUCUUUGUUCUAGUCCCAUCUGGACUCGCAGCCAGUGGAUCCCUGAUCUCCGGGAUCGCCUCAGCCGAGCAAAUCACCAGCAAAAUCACCCCUUACUCUGUCGUUGCCAACGGCACACAGGGAUUCGUGGACGCAGCAAAGAACAUGACCACAACAACGAGCAACGAUCAAUUCCACGGAGUCGUCUUCGACAUCGGAUACGGCAUGGUCCAGGUCGCAAUCGGCUUCACCGUCGGUCUUUUCCUCGCUGCAUUGGUCGUGUACCCGCUUGGAAAGAAACGUAGCGGACUGUUCAGCUUCUAA